AUGGAAAUGGCCUUAACCGGGACCAUUUUACCAUCCAUCUCUACAUUUGCGAGCCAUAAGGAAAAAUGCUGGGAAAAUGUAAGUAUAUUGUAUUAUGUAUUUAGAGACGUUUGUUGGUUGUUUUACAUGUUGUUGGUCAAUUUAUGUAAUAAUAAAGAAAUAGCAUUUCAGUCCCUAUGCACAGUUAGGCAAUUAAAUAGUUAGUCUAAAUACAUAUAUAUAUACAUAUAUUUUACCGUUUUUUACCAUCCAUUUUAUUGUACAGAGUUUGUUUUUUUAUGUUAUCAUUUCACUAAUGGUAUCUUUUAUUAUUGCAGAGGUGGAAGGGCGAGAUGGACAGGUCUGUGCAUUCCAGCUGUGCCGUGGCUGAGAGCAUGGACAACUGCAUGGGCAGAAAAGACGAAGAAGAGCUCGAUAAGUUCCUGGAUCUGGAGUUUAUUCUCUCGAACACCACUGGCACAGACAACACGGGAGGAGAGUACAGGCUAGGAGAGCAGAACAACAUGUAUCACUCCGGGAUGCAGUCUACCUACACCGUGCCCGAGAUGAGCAGCCCACCUCCGCCUUACAACAGCCUGAUGGCUGAGCUCCUGCGCACUGAGCUUGACAGCAGCUUCUGCCAUCAGCUUUCCGGCAACAGCAUCCAUGGGAGAUUUCUAGUCAGUUCCUCUACCUUCCCAAAUCAGGACUUUGUAGACAACAUCAAGGUCGAGCCAUCCAUGGACAGUUACGGACCACUUAUGGGCAUGGUCCCACAGAGCUGCCCAAAGAUCAAGCAGGAGGGGAACGUUUCGUGCAUGAUGUCCUUCGAGCAGCCGAGACUAGCCAACUCUCCACAGGCUGCGGGGAACAUGACACCGCCUCUCAGCCCAGACGACCUGAUGAGCUCCGAGUGUCAGCCCCAGAUGUGCCACUCCAUGACUUUCCCCCAGAGCUACCGCUCCCCAGCGGGAUACCCUCACUCUCACCCGCCCCCACAGAUGCAGCUCCCGUACCAGAGCGCACACCAGUUCGGGAUGUACGAAGACGGAAUGGGUAUGCAGCCCACCAACCAGAGAGUGCUACUCACUCCACCGUCCUCCCCACUGGAGAUGAUGGACUCAAAGCCAAAGAGGGGUCGGCGCUCCUGGCCAAGGAAGCGCACAGCCUCUCACACUUGCACUUUCGCUGGAUGCGGGAAAACCUACACCAAGAGCUCGCACUUGAAAGCGCACCACAGAACGCACACGGGUAAGGAAUAUUCCUCAUUUUCUCUUUAUGCUUAUUGCAAACUUGAACUACUUGGCUCUAUGUGUUGCAAAUAACUGCGUUUUCUGUCAGUGUACUCAUGGUCUUUUCCAUUUUGUCAUUCAACAGGUGAGAAACCAUACCAUUGCAGUUGGGAGGGUUGUGGCUGGAAGUUCGCCCGCUCCGACGAGCUGACGCGCCAUUUCCGGAAGCACACUGGCCACAGGCCGUUCCAAUGCCACCUGUGUGAGCGCGCCUUCUCCAGGUCCGACCACCUCGCGCUGCACAUGAAGCGACACAUGUGA